ACCAUCAGCUUAAGCAUACGAUCGAGCUGAGGACGUGGGGUUUCCAACCACUCCGUCCUCUAGUCUCCGAUCCAAUUCUCCCGAUCAGAGAGCUUACUGGUGACCUCUCCCCAAUGGAGUGCGGCACGGGCACGCCGAUCCUCGAGCUCGACGACGCGCACGGCAACGUCUACCGCUGCAAGCGCUGCCGCACGCACCUAGCCCUCACCGACGACAUCAUCUCCAAGGAUUUCUACUGCAAGGACGGGAAGGCUUACCUCUUCGAUAAGGUUGUGAAUGUGAGCGUUGGAGAAAACGAAGAUCGUAUGAUGAUCACAGGGAUGCAUACCGUUUCUGACAUCUUUUGUGUCCGCUGCCGAGUGAUUCUUGGAUGGAAAUAUGAGGUUGCGUUUGAGAGGACCCAAAAGUACAAGGAAGGGAAGUUUAUUCUGGCCAGGUGAUCAUCAGAUAUCUUGUUUUCAUGAUUUACAUGAUUUAUUUAUUUUUACUCUCUUCUGCGCUUGUUCUUUGUAAAAAAAACGGUAUGAACGUCACAUGUUCACGCACUGCAUAUAUAUUCAAGCACAAGCGCGCGCGCACUUUCAAACGAGAGGGAAUAUGGAAUUGGU